AUGUCCAUUUCCUCCGUCCUCCAACAACGACGACAUUCCCAACCCCAAUCCUGCCCGACCAUCCUCCGAUCCCAGCUUCAAGUGCGUUAUGCCUCCCAUGCUAGCCAAGGCCGCGCAAACAACGGCCCAAAAAACGGUCCAGGCAAGCGUCUCGGUGCAAAAAAAUCGGGCGACCAAUUCGUGAUUCCCGGAAAUAUCAUCUUCCGCCAACGUGGCUCCAAAUGGUUUCCCGGCGAAAACUGCGGCAUGGGUCGUGAUCACACCAUCUACUCGCUCGCCACGGGCUAUGUGAAAUACUACACGGAUCCCGAGCGCCAUCCUAACCGCAAAUAUAUCGGGGUUGCCUUUGACAAAUCCGACAAAUUUCCCUUACCCCGGAACGCCAUUACCAAGAGACGGCUUGGUAUGGUGGCGGUCCCAAGGGAUAUCGAACAGGAGAAGGCUAACAAGACGCUUAAGGAGGCGGAAAUUGCGCCUACACUUAGACCUGGAUACAUGUACCGUGUAGCCAAUUGGCAGAUUGGGCGCGUGGCGGAGCGUGCGGGGGUUCGAGUGCCUGAAUGGAAUAAGAAGGAUCGCUUUGCGGCAUGGAGAAGGAGGAUGGAGAGGCGAAAGAUUGCGGCACAGUUAAAAGAUGCUAAGUCAAGGAGGAAGGGGAAGAAGAAUAAGAUUCAAGGUUAUUAUCGUUAUUUUGGUAGACGAACUUGCAGUGUGUUUCUCACAUCCGUACAUUUCUUUUGA